AUGGCUAUUCAAAGGUUUAUAAGUCGGAAAUCUUGCCCUUCUGAGAUGUUUUCUGACAAUGGUACGAAUUUUGUAGGAACGGACAAUGAACUUCGAAAUGCUGUUAGGUCUUUAAAUAACGCCCAGAUUCAACGGACAGUCGUAAAGAGUGGGAUUAAAUGGAAUUUCAUUCCUCUCCGUGCGCCACACAUGGGGGGAUGUUGGGAGAGACUGAUAAGAUCAGUAAAAAAAGCAUUUAAAGGUGUCAUGCGAGCCCAGUACCUGAAAGAUGAAGAACUGCAGACGUUUUUGACUCUCGUGGAGUUUAUUAUAAACUCGCGUCCACUCACACAUGUAUCAAUUGACCCGUUGGACCCUGAGCCGAUCACACCAAACCACUUUCUACGCGAAGCCUACAAAAUAAAUAUUGAUGAAGAUAGACUAUGUAAGAAACAACUAGGCCUAGCCCGCGUAAGAUCACUUUUGGAUAGUUUUUUGGAAGCGUUGUGUCCACGAAUACCUGCCCUGUUUAUCAAGACGUUGCAAGUGGCAUAA